AUGCGUUUUCAGGUGAAACUAUCCCAGGAACGUGCUAAGGAGUUGGCGGAAAAUGCCCGCCGCAUUGCCGCCCCGGGAAAGGGUAUCCUUGCAGCCGACGAGAGCACUGGCACCAUUAAGAAGCGUUUCGACAAUGUAGGUGUUGAGAACACGGAGCAGAACCGCGCCGACUACCGUUCCUUGUUGUUUUCAACCAAAGGCCUUGGAGAAUACAUCUCCGGCUGCAUUCUGUACGAGGAGACGCUGUUCCAGCAGUCCCCAUGCGGCAAGAGCAUGGUCGAGCUCUUGCUUGCCGAAGGCAUUUUGCCUGGUAUUAAGGUGGACAAGGGGCUAGUGCCCAUCUCCAACACUGACGAGGAGGUCAGCACCACCGGUUUGGACGGUUUGGCGGAAAGAUGUCAGAAAUACUACAACGCCGGCGCGCGUUUCGCCAAGUGGCGCGCUGUUUUAUCUAUUGACGUCGCUAAGAACAAGCCUUCUAACCUAUCUGUGCUCGAGACCGCCCACACGCUGGCGCGUUACGCUUCCAUCUGCCAGGAGAACGGUUUGGUGCCCAUCGUGGAGCCCGAGAUUUUGGCCGACGGCGACCACUCUAUCGAGGUGUGCGCAGAGGUUACUGAGCGCGUGUUGGCUGCUGUAUUCAAAGCCUUGAGCGACCACAAGGUGCUGCUUGAAGGCGCUCUUCUCAAGCCUAACAUGGUAACCCAAGGUGUCGACUGCAAGGACAAGCCAUCCCCCCAGACUGUAGGUUUCCUCACCUCCCGUGCGCUGCGCCGCACUGUUCCCCCGGCCCUUCCUGGUAUCAUGUUCCUCUCUGGUGGUCAGUCCGAGUCCAUGGCCACCGUUCACUUGAACGAGAUCAACAAGUGCAACAAGCACCCAUGGAGCCUGAGCUUCUCCUACGGCCGUGCCCUGCAAUCGUCAGUCAUUAAGACCUGGAAUGGUUCUAUGGCCAACGCUGCCGCAGCUCAGGCCGUCUUGUUGAAGCUUGCGCAGCAGAACUCCGAGGCUUCCACCGGCUCCCUGAAGGGCGAGUUGUCAGACGACGGCCAGUCGCUUUUCGAAGCUAAAUACAUAUAUUAA